AUGGAGAUAAACACAUUUGGUGGUGACAGGUUUGAUGAGCCAGCACUUUAUCGUUCAGUGGUAGGAAGUCUUCAGUAUCUGACCGUUACAAGACCAGAGCUCGCCUAUGCUGUAAGCAAACUCUCACAGUUCAUGCAAGACCCGUUGGAAUCGCAUUGGAAACUGGUUAAAAGAAUCCUCAGAUAUGCAAGUGGAACAAUCAAAUAUGGGCUACAUCUCCGUAAGAAUGACGUGUUGAACAUCACAGCCUACUGUGAUUCGGACUGGGGAGGAGACCCUGAUGAUAGGAAAUCGACUGGUGGUAUGUGUGUCUUCUUAGGAAGAAACCUGGUAUCCUGGUCCUCUAAGAAGCAAUCUGUGGUGGCCAGGUCAAGCACAGAGGCUGAAUACAGAGCUAUGGCAUUUUCGUUCUAUUUAAUUCCCUAA